GUUGUAGUUAAUGAGUAGUUGGUGUUCUAUUUACUUUUUUGCACCACUGUAAAAAUACGUUACUUUCACAAUUUUGCAUCCAUUUGAUCUGUCUGAGGGGGUACUGUACAAAGUUGCACCUAGGGUGGUAUGCUUGAAGUUUUUCCAUCUGUUGAAGAUUUAUACGCAGACAUUUUAUGAAUUUAGGAAGUCAUCAGGACAGAGACCCGCAUUGCAAGGACAGGAAGGUUACUUUUUUUUUUUAAUUCUAGCAGUUGUUUUGAGGCCGUAGAGAAGUCUCCUUGGGAAACGUAAAAACCACGAAAUCCUUAAGAGUGGGAUGGAGAAAACGGAACACAUCUAGCCAGACAUGGAUGGUUUGGAAGGUCUAACAGGGUGUACAAGUGAUGUUUUUAUUGAAUUCGUCGAGUCCUUACAGCUGCCAAGUCUGCUGCUGCUAACUGUAGCCGUCGUUUUUGGAGUGAUUGUUGGAAUCAGUACAUCAACCCUAUUUUACGUGUUUUUACUGAAGCCUCUACUAUUGAAAAGAAAGUUUCAGGGAUGUGAUGCCAAAAGACUUUUUGAGACGGACGACUUGGACAAAGAAGACAACCAGAGUGACUGUAUUAGUAUCGAAAAGAAGCAAUGUCAGAAUACCACCCUGAAUGAUAAGGAAAGAAAACUGCCUUUAAACAGUGAUGUUGCCGCUUUUGCUUUAAAGGCAAAAGUUGUGUAUCCAAUCAACCAACGAUACAGGCCAUUAGCAGAUGGAGCCUCUAACCCUUCUUUGCAUGAGAACACCAGACUGCCAAUGUUGCCCAAUCAGAUGCAGGAAGAUUCCUCCUCAUCCAGCCUGGAGUCACUAAGUCAAGACAAUGAAGAUGAUAGUGGCCAAUUCAUAUCUUCAUCACCAAUGCCUAAGGCAUUUCAGAAUGAAAAGUUCAUCAAAGUAAACAGGUUUCCAGAAACACUGAGUUUCACCGGAUUUGAUGCCCGGAUAAGUCUUUACUGCUUGGGCAUUCAAAAGUCUGAGCAGCUGGAAACAGAACUAUGGCAAGAGAAAAAUGUGGUUUUCCUUCAAGUUCUCCAAAUUCUUUUAAAUGCUUGGUUGCGGAAAGAGGUAAUUGACAAUGCCUUCCACAAAAGAUGUCUUCAAAUGCAAGAAAGGGAAUUGGAUACACUGCAAAAACACCCUUCAUUAAAGCUGUCAAAUACUGAACAAAAUGAAGACCCUGAUACCCCUUAUUGUACACUAGAAGAGAUGGAGAGAAAUGGAAAAGACAAACUGGAGUGUCAGAUCCAAAUGAUUCUGGGUUUUAACAGACAAAUUGAAAGCCUCUGCCAACACCUACAGAGCAAGUCCUCGCUUCACAGUGAUCUGGUGGACAGAAUGACAGGAAGUCUAAUUGAGAACCUUCUGCUAAUGGAGAACCUGCUGAAUGAGUCCCAGUAUUCAGACAUGAGGAAUAUUCAAGAGAAAGUGACUUGGUGGGAAUACACCACAUGCACACUUGAAUCAAAGUUGUGGCUCUUAAAACAAGAAGCAGUCUCUAGAUUAAAAUUUACAGCAAAGGUCCUGGAGCAUCUCACAAGUGAUGGAGAAUUAAGCUUUCAUGAAAUGGAGAGAAUCCUCUCAGAUCUGCAAUGCAGAUUCAAGGAGGAAGUUCAACAAGCUACCGAUGAGUGCGCGAAGCAGACGAAAGAUCUUGUCAAUGAAAUGACAAAGAAAGUUGAUACCAGAAGAAAGAAACUCAAAAAGAUCCAAACAAAGGAGAGACAGCGCAUUCAGCACAACAUUCAACAAAUUAUAGAUCCCAAAGAAUUUAUAAAGGCUUACCACGAUUUAUUGGUGAAACAGAGGAAAGACUGCUGUGAACUGGAAGACAAACAAGAUAUGAGGAUAACUGAAGCAGUCUGUGACCUGUGGAAGAAGUUACAUUUCUCUGCCUCCCAGAAGAUGGUGGAUAUAGUGAAGGAGCUAUUUCUGGGAGCCCUGCCAAAUCAAACACAGCUCCCUCUGGAUAAAUGUGAUGUGCUGAGGCAAGAAGCAAGUCACGAUCUGAGUCUCCACUUACCAACUGAAGAAGCUCAUGCAAACCACAAUUUGGAAGUGCUUAAUCAGCAUCUGGAGCAAGAGAAGCAGACUUGGUGUGAAGAGGAAGCACUAGCCAGAGUGACUCUGAAGCACCUGACAGAGCAGCAGCAGAAGCUUCUCCAUGGGACUUUGGCUCGGCAACAGGGUCCGCAUAACGGCACAGAGGAAUUGAUUGAAAUGAAGCACUUGCUAUUGCUGAGAGCAGUUAAUAGACAAUUUGCUGCAAGACAGUUCAGAUUGAGGGUACUGAAAGAAAUGAGGCUGUCAAAGUUGAAGACCUUGCUGAAUGAAACCAGGCUGGAGUUCACAAAAGGACUGGAAACAGAGGACUGCGUCAAGCAACACUUUAAUGUACCAAAGGGUCCGUCUAAGGAAAGCGUCGGGUCUGAGGCAGAGAGGCGACUGGUGCAGGAAAGCCAGCUGAUCCGACUGGAGUUUCAGCAGGAGUUCCUCUCUGAGCUCUCCGCAGCAGCAGAACUGAUCCAGGAGCACACAGCACUCGUGAUCGGCCACACCCUGGCUCAGAACGCACGCCAGCAGGCGGCCCCCCAAGAUCUUCAGGAAAAUGAACAUUGGAAGCAUCAGUUAACAGAGGCUGCUACAGAGAGUGUAUACGUGACCAGAGAGUCUGUUAGUACAAUCAUCCGUAAAUACUACGCGCAGAUACAGAAUGUCACGGAAGCCUUGGAGCAGGAGAGACAACAGCGUCUCCAGUGUAUAGGAGAUACACAUGACAAUAUAAAAAAUCAAAUCGACCUAAGAAAAUGUCUUCAAAAGGAGCUUGCCAACUGGAGUAAAAAGCCUACUUCAACUGAGUUUUAUCAGAGAGUUGAAAUUCAAAAGAAGAAAAUGUUAACUCAGUAUGACUCGGACCUUGAUUCAGCUUUUGAGAUAUUACGGCAAAAGAAGUCUGUUCUUGAUCAUAUGGAGAAACACCUUUGUGGAAAACUUCAGGAAGCAGAAGAGACCUUCGUUGCUCAUCUUGCUGCUUUGGCUAGAGCGUCCCUGCCGGGGGCAGAUUCUCUGAGAAAGGACAAUCACAGUGAUGAUGAACAGCCACUAGGGAAGAAAAUGUCUUCACUCCUGAAUGAAGAAAGCAGCUGUAGCCUGUGUGACAGCUCUCACCAAAGGGAAAGCUCAGACCUCCCCAGGUAUGAACAGGGUUUUAAUCUGGACCUUUUUGAGGAUAAGAAGAAAAUGAAGAAAAAAGGAAAAACUGAGUCUGAAAAAAUAUAUUCAGACAGCAAAUAAGCAUUAAUACAAUUCCAUGUACAGACAUAAAGUUUCUGUACCGUAGGUUUCUGUGCUUAAGGAAAGCAUAUUUGUAUUUUCUGAAAUGUCCUGUUGAUAGAUUUACAGAAUACUGUACCUUGUAGGUUGUAUGCUCUUACUCUGCAACAAAUGCUCUCUAAAGUAAGUCAGAAGUGUUGUAGCUUCUAAAAUGAUUUUGUUCAGAUAUAUAUACCAGUUGACAUUCUGUCUUGAUCCACUUAAGUAUUUUUAAACUUUAUGAUAUAUGGUGCCAAGUCAUUUUAUAUCUAUGUUUGUGCCAUAUUUUAUUCUAACCAUUACCAGAUGGAGCAAAGAAAUCUUCAGCUGUGCUCAUACAUGCCAGUCAAGAGAUUUAGCGCCAUCUGCUGCUAAUGUCACAUAUUACAAUGUUUGUGUGUGUGCAGUGUAUUGCGAGGACAACAUUAACUUGGUCCUGCCAAAGAAUCAGUGACCAAUACACGUGUUGAAUAUGAAAAGCUGGAUUUAAGAUUUUUUUUUCUGCUCAACAUUUCAGAAAUGAUUGUGAUUUUAUAAGUAUAUAAGUGGAUGUUUUUCAAGUAAGCUGAGGGUGUCUGUAGACAUGCAAUAUAUUGUACACAGAGCCAUUUAAUAAAGUGGCUUUUAUUUAA